AUGUCGUCAAAAAUCGUGUCCUCGCUCAUCCUCGCCCUGUCUUUGAGUCUCCCUUCUCAGGCUCUUCUAAAAGGCAAUGCAAUUGCUGCUUUCAGCGGCCCAAACUGCGAUGGUAACAUGGGCGCAAUCGUGAACUGUGACUCCAGUUGUCAUCAAUUUACCGGCAGGCAGUCCACUCUGACUGGGAGCCCGGGAACCCACUGCAUCAGAUACUUCAAAGGAGACGGCUGCACGUCGUAUAUCGCAGCAACGCUAAGCGGUCCCAACGAGUGCAGAAAAGUCGCGGUUGGCCUGGGUGCCAAGUCAUUUAGUACUACUGAGUUCUGGUCAAUAGUAGACCCUUCAAGCUUCAAGCUCUAA